AUGGCGGCAAUAGAGACCGAACCCCACAACUAUGGGGUUGAUCAACAUCCAAUCAGCGAGAAGGGCAAAGCACUUAGAAAUCUGGUCGAAGCCGAUUUGCAUGAUGAUCGUUAUGCAACAACCACCAAACGUGGUUUGAAGAAUCGCCAUGUUCAGCUAAUGGCCCUCGGAGGCACGAUCGGAACUGGACUUUUCGUGGGUUCCGGCCAAGCACUGGCCAUUGGAGGCCCCGCAUCGCUUCUUUUAGGUUAUAUCUUCAUCUCGGCCAUGGUUUAUGGCUUGGUCACAGCCAUCGCUGAGGUUGGUGCCUAUCUUCCAGUACAUGGUGGAACAAUGAGUUAUCAUGGAUUCCGCUAUGUGUCGCGGAGUAUGGGUUUCGCCAUGGGAUAUCUAUACUGGUACUCUCUUGGAAUCUUAGUACCGUACGAGAUCACUGCUGCUGGACUGGUUAUCGGAUACUGGGACCAGAGUGGAUCGAUCAACAUUGCUGUGUGGAUCACAAUCAUGAUGAUCAUCAUUAUCGCGCUCAACUUUAUGCCCGUGCGAGUAUAUGGCGAGUCGGAGUUCUGGUUCGCCGGGGUGAAGAUCAUCACUCUGAUCGGCUUGUUGAUGGUAUCCUUCAUCCUCUUCUGGGGUGGUGGACCCAAUCGUCAGCGACUGGGCUUUCAUUAUUGGAAUAAUCCGCGCCCAUUCAACGCGUAUCUCACGACGGGGGAUUCGGGCCGGUUCGUGGCCUUGUUGAAAUGCACAGUAUCCAGCGCCAUUGCGUUCAUCUUCGCCCCAGAGCUCAUUGUGAUUAGUGGGGGUGAGAUGGAGUCCCCUCGGCGCAAUAUACCCCGGGCUGCCCGGAGAUACAUUUACCGAUUGGUCUUCUUUUACAUCUUUGGUGUGCUAGCCAUUGGUGUUAUUUGCCCAUCCGAUGCUAGUCGUCUGACCAAGGGCGACGGUACGGUAAGCUCAUCUCCAUUCGUGAUCGGCAUCCAAAACGCCGGCAUUCCCGUUUUGGACCACAUCGUGAACGCUGCCGUCUUGACAUCCGCCUGGUCCGCAGGAAAUUCCUUCCUGUACAUGUCUUCUCGGUCGCUCUAUUCAUUGGCCAUGUCAGGCAACGCGCCGCAUGUGUUCAAGACAUGUAAUCGAUGGGGUGUCCCAUACUGGGCUGUUUCGGCCUCGGCAUGCUUCUCGGCAUUGGCUUAUCUUGCUGUUGGCAACUCCAGUUCGAUUGUGUUCAACUGGUUCGUCAACUUCACAAACACUUCUGGCUUCAUCUCAUGGAUCUGCUGUUCCGUGGUGUUUUUCCGUUUCCGCAAAGCCAUCAAAGCACAGGGUAUUGAACAACCGUACAAAUCAAAGCUGCAGCCAUAUGGGAUUUAUUUUGGCCUCGCGGGUGCCACUCUCAUGGUGCUUAUAAAUGGGUUCACAGUAUUUUUCCCAUCGGAGUGGUCUGUGAGCAACUUUUUCACCGCAUACAUCGGUAUUCCUGCUUUCUUGAUUCUUUACUUCGGACAUCGGGCACUGUAUUGGAGUGAUCCAUGGGCAUGGCGCCCGGAGGAAGUUGAUAUGCACACCGGUUUGGAUGAGAUUAUUGCUGCUGAGCAACCACCAAAACCACGGGGGCCUUGGUGGAAGUUUUGGUGA